UCUACUGACUUUAAGUACACAGCAGAGCUACCUCCACUCUGUAUGUGUAGACAGAUACAUGUGUAGACAGACACGCGUGUUUACCAUUAGCCGACCUAUGAUCGCAUGUUGCAUAUGAACAUCCGCCAUUUUACAUAUGAGCACUAAGGAAAAUGGAUAACCCUUAUGUUUUCGUGUAGAACAGUAUGUACACAACGAUACAGCACUGCCACGAUGGCGUAGACUUAUACUACAGACACGAUACUAAAUGACCCCUGUGUUCAUCACUGUAGGAUAGGAGGGGCAUGAUGCGGGCGUUAUACCAGGGAGGUACCGGUGUGAGGAAAUUCAGGAAAAUAUUUUCCUGACUACAUUUAUGGAAUAUUAGUUUUAAUAAUGGAGUGAAGGAGACAUUCAAGAAGUAGGAUGUCGUAUCUACCGCCUUUACAUGAUGCAGCCACCAUUGGUAAUCUGCCAAUGGUCCAUAAGCUGGUCAGGUCCGGCCAUAAGGUGGACAAGCAGUCCGGACAGGGCCGAACUCCAUUGAUGUGGGCGGUCCUUCGGGGUCAUAGAAAGGUAGCACGAUACCUGCUAAAUGUAACACCACCGGAGUCCCUGUCACUUCUCGAUGUUGGCGGUGAUAACGUGCUACAUUAUAUGGCUAUAAUGGGACGGGUGUGGUUUGACAUCUGGGCCAACAUCUGUAAGAUGUGUCCGGAUGCUUUACGUCGUAGCUCUAAAGUGGGACGACGACCCACCGACGUUAUACGACGCUGGCGGAAUAGGAGUGAGGAUCACAAAAAACUUUGGCAAUUCGUCUGUAAACAGGAAUACCAACGAGGAGUAGGUGAAAACGUUGAAGAAAAAUCGAAUAUCACCAUCACCUGUAUUGGGCACGAAGGCGUAGGCAAGACAUGUCUGGUCAAACAACUGUUAGAAGAACAGAUACCACCUGGUGGUCCUGGAUCCACAGAUACGGCCAAUCUGCUGACCAACCAUCUGUUUGUGAACCAGAAGACGCGAAAACGAGAGAGAGUUAAAGAUGGAAGAGAAAUGGAGACUGGUAGACAACGUCUCCGACGGGUGAUCCGGCGAUACAGGGACAAGGUGGGAGAGAAUACUUCAGAAGAAUCAGAUGAGUCAGACGACAUCAAGGCGAGUGUGUCAAAGGUCGAUACGAGAUCGUAUACAUUCACAGAUGAUCCGUCAUCAACUCCAACCACCCCUCCUAGCCCUUUUCUUGAACUAGACGAAAUGAGUCUUGAACCAGAACUAAAGGUAACAGAUGAUCAAAUGGCUACCAUGGAAACUGUGAUGGAUGUUGGCGAUGUCGAGGAGGAGCAAACAGGAUUUGUGACCAUUUAUGACUUUGGUGGCGAGAAAAUUUUCUACAAUACACACCAUUGUCUUCUGUCGAGCGAUAUGAUCUUCUUGCUAGUGUUUGAUGUAGCGAUGUGUUUGGAUUCAGAAACAGAAGAGGAAGGUUUCGAGAGAAUACAGUUUUGGUUGCGGUCCAUUGCCACCUAUGCUAUUGACAAAACCGAAAGUGAACUAGGAACGCCGCCGAUUAUUUUGAUUGGCUCCCAUAUGGAUCUUGUUGCAGGGACUGACGAGGAAAAGGACACAAAAUUCGGCGAAGUCCUGGAGAAGCUUUAUGACAAACCAGCCAUUAGAGAAAUAAUGGAACAUCACGUUCAGGAUAUGUAUCACAUAGACAACAUGCACGACUCGUGCCAGAACGAGGCUCUGUACCAAGAACUGUGGGACAAAAUCGUGGAUGUGGCACAUUUACAAUCUCAGUGGAAAGCCCUUGUCCCAGCCAGAUGGCUCGCGCUUGAGCAGGAGCUGUUCAAAAAGAAGGACCAGGAUGUAAAUGUGCUCACGUAUCAAGAACUUGUGGCCAUCAACAGCGCGUUGGUCGUGCCUCUCCCCACAGAGGAUCUCAAACCCUUUCUGUUACACCUACAUCUCUCUGGGUCUAUCCUGUCAUACGGUCUUGAAGGAUCUACACCCGUAGUCAUGUUAAAACCCCAAUGGAUGAUAGAUGCUUUCAAACACAUUAUCACAGCUCCAAAAUUUAAGAAGGGACUAUCACCAAAGGAAAAACUACAAUGGAAAGACUAUGAAAAGACCGGAAAAUUGUCAUUUGCAUUUUUGAAAGCCUUAUGGUCGAAGGAUCCCUCCUGUGGGUUUCUUGAAAAAUACGAGAUUCUUUGUUGUGUUAUGGAGUGCCUUGGUUUGAUCUCUAAGCCGUUGCCCGAGGACCUGAAAAAAGAUGUGACAUUUUAUCUAGUCCCCUGUAUGCUGCAGACGUCCGACCCGAACGCAAUACUGCCCGUACUCUCUGACCAAAACAUUGUCAUGACUCCCGUUCUUUGUAUCGAGUUUGACAACCCCUUCAUCCCGCAGGCCAUAUGGGACAAAACCAUUGCUGCUUGUAUGGUCCGCUUUCAGCCAUUGAACGAGCCGGGGUACGAUGGGUCACAGUUUUUACAAUGUGGCUUUGUUUGUUUGUCCGUCGAUCACAAAUGGAAUAUGAUUCUGAACUGUCAUGAUAACGUCAUGAAAGUGAUCAUGUUCACGACAGAGAAAGAAAAAGGCCUCGUUCGUAAGGCGGGUGCUGGAGUGCAGUUACAGAAAGUGUUAGAUUAUCUACUGAACAGGAUUCUUCAAAUGAACCAACAAAGUCAUUUGGGGUUUGACUAUUUCCUACACACCGACUUCCGGUUCACUCAGGACGAGAGACGAGUGCGGGCAAAUGACCUGAUGCUGGAGCCCUCUAUGAAAUGUUAUGAUUCGGACGGGACAAAAUGGCUUGAGCGGAAGGACUACGAAGUCUGGUUUGAAGAACCGGAUGUGGAACACAGUAUUUCUGAUCUUGAUAAAACUUCGCCGGCUGGUAUUCCGGACCGAAAACCCACAGUACGGGAGAUUGGAAGAAUUUCCAAGUACAUCGACGGGUCCUUCCAAAUGUUUUUCAUGGUGCUUGGCUGUCCAAGUCAACUAAUUGACCAGACACUCAUGGAGUAUCGAUACCUCUCCUUCCGGUCAAUCGUCACGCGCAUCUUAAUCGCGUUAUGUAACAGAUGCCCGGAUAUCCGGUUCCCCCAAAUCUACGCCGCCAUGAAAGCUCACGGGAUGGACGGAGAAUGUUUACUUAAAGCUGUAGAUCAGAGUGAAUAUCAAUAUGACCAUGUGAAAGGACUAGAUGUCCCCGAGGAGCUAUUAGAAACCUGUCCCACACAAGAAGACAUACCAACCAUCGUCGCCUACAUUGGAAAGUCGUAUUUUAAUCUCUUUAUUGAGCUUGGCUUUGACCCGACGACUUUGGACCAAUUCGAUCUAAAUUGUACGAGUAACGACAUCAAAGAAAAACUUGCCGCCAUGACGACAUUGUGGAUCCAGAACGAGGACUUCCGGCCGACUUUGAAACAGCUUCUUCUGUGCAUGCACGAAUGUGACAUGGACUGUCUUUCCCUGGCUGACAAACUGAUGGAUACUUGUAAAGACAAGUAAGCACCUGAUAGACAAAACGUGUUUGGGUGGAAAGUGUUGUUGAGAACAAUGUAAACAACAGUGAAUGUGUUAAUAUUUACCACAGAACGGCGUUGCAACUUAAUAGGCUGCAGAAGUCACGGUACACGUGCUAACGCCACCAUUAUUAUGACGUUGUUAUUGUAACGAUAGAUACCGGUGACCAUCCAUGGACGAUGAUUUGCCUAUUCACUGAUCAUGCAUACACGAUAUUUACACUAAUUGUAACUUAAAGCAGAAUUUGUAUAGCCAUGUUUUUAAUUUCUAUGAUAUCAAGAUACUUAAAAGGAAUACUGAUAAUUACUGAAAUUGUUUUGAUAAGAUAUUUACAGACUAGAGUCGAAAUGAGGUACACACUUUUGCGAGGUAAUCAAUCAUGAUGCACUAGUUGUGGUAUUUAUAUAUACUGUACGCACUUACUGUAUACAACAACGCACUUCAAUGUUUAAAUGUCUAAACAUGUGUAUUACCGUUACACGGCUAUCAAACAUUUGUAUAAAAUAGUUAACCAAGAACUAUUGCACGCGAAUGUUUUGCUGCUGGGAACUGUUAGUGUUCGGGCUUUUCCAUAUUGCUUUUCCGUCUUUGCGUAUUGCAGAGUUAUCUUCUCUUGGGGGCAGGUAUUGAUUGUUACGUA